CCCCCCCUCACCACAUUAAACCACCCAAGCUAAUUUAGCCUUCCAACUACUUCUUGCUUUCUCAAGGAAAAAAAAUAAAUAUAAUCAUGAGCAGGCCAGGAGAUUGGAACUGCAGGUCAUGCCAGCACCUCAACUUCCAAAGGCGCGACUCCUGCCAGCGGUGCGGUGACACUCGGUCCGGGGUAGAUUUUGGAGCGUUUGGAGGGCGGGGCGGGUCGUCACUUGGGUUCACCGGUUCGGAUGUUCGACCGGGGGACUGGUAUUGUACUGCUGGGAAUUGUGGAGCACACAACUUCGCUAGCCGGUCAAGCUGCUUCAAGUGCGGAGUGUACAAGUUAGAAGAUUCAGGCGCUAGUUUUGACUACGACUUGUCAAGAUCUCGAGGGUAUGGCUCUGGCGCCGCUGUUGCCGGUGGCAAUAAUAAUCGCUCUGGAUGGAAAUCCGGAGACUGGAUAUGCCCGAGGUCGGGAUGCAAUGAACAUAACUUUGCAAGCAGAAUGGAAUGUUUCAGAUGCAAUGCUCCAAGAGACUUGGCAACAGAAUUUCUUAGUAGCUACAUGAGGAGUUGAUGAAGCUUAUCAAAAGAGGGUAUUAAUGUUUUUGUCUUCAUCGAUCGAUCGAAAUUAAUUCCUUUUGGGUGCUAUUAUAAGGGUUUAUUGAGGUGUAGUCAAGGCCCAAUCAUGGCAUUUUGUUAGGUACCCCCAUAAGAAGAAUAGCAAUGUUUGUAGUGAUGUGGUGCUUUUGAUCAUCAACUUCUAUCUUUAAUAUUAUUGUUGUCUUUAGUUUGUUUUGUUUUCCAGAGAGAGUUUAUUUAAUGAUUGUAUGGUGCAUGGUUUUCUUCAAAUUAAAGAAGAUGGUUUUCCACUUU